AUGGGCAAUGCGAAUACACUUACAGAUAAGAAAUCAGCAGCCAAUUUAAACAAAUAAUUUAUGCUAACUGAAAUUCAAUAGAAAAUACAACUGAGCCUAAAGAAACAGAAUAUGAAAAUAGUUUCUAAAUUAAAAGCAUCACAAAUAAGUACAGAGCCUGGUAAUCAAUUUAAAUUGAAUUAGAUUAAAUAUUUACAUAUCGAAUCAAUUGUCAAUCUGCACGUGGUUUAUUAGAAGAUUAACCCAUUCUUGUUAAUAGAUGA